CAGGGUUGGCUUCAAUAAUUGUGUAGUAGCAAUAAUAGCAGCUACGGCGGCCCCGACCCGGGUCAUAAUGAAGGCGGAGGAGCCAGGGAUGCUCCGCGCUACCUCCGCAGUGCAGGAAGCUCACUCCAGGCAGACGACCUAAUCCAGGCAGCGAGCAGACUCCGGGAUAAGCACAGCGGUGACAGCUGAGCGCCAGAAGCAGCGGCAGCGGCAGCGGGCUCUUCCCAGCGGCCAGUCGCGCAACGCGAGCGGGAGGAGCGUCCCGAGGAUGGGCGCGUAGCUCCGAAGGGAUCGCCUCGCCUGCCCAGACAGCUCCGGAGCGCGUGCGGCUAGGGGGCCGCGGUCCGUCUAGUCCUUGCCCGCGCGCCGCCAGACACCCCCCCCUCGGCGUUACAGGCGGGCCACCCCUGUGGAUGUCAUUGAGGGUGGAGGUGCAGCUCUGCUCGCCGCCGCCGCCCCCCCCGCCGAGGCAUUCGGGAGCUGCCAGCCUUUGUAGGGGCUAGACCUCGUCACGGUCAAGCCGAGAGUCACGACGACGGCCGUCGCCGCUACAAAGGAGCGACCCCUGCCAAUGUCAUCAUCGGCCAUCGAAAGGAAGAGCCUCGAGCCCUCCGAGGAGCCAGUAGAUGAGGUGCUCCAAAUCCCCCCUUCCUUGUUAACAUGCGGAGGUUGUCAGCAAAACAUUGGGGAUCGAUACUUCCUUAAAGCCAUUGACCAGUACUGGCAUGAAGAUUGUCUGAGCUGUGACUUAUGUGGGUGCCGACUUGGAGAAGUUGGAAGGAGACUAUAUUAUAAACUGGGCAGAAAGCUCUGUCGAAGAGACUAUCUCAGGCUUUUUGGCCAAGAUGGUCUCUGUGCCUCCUGUGAGAAGAGAAUCCGAGCCUAUGAGAUGACCAUGAGAGUAAAGGACAAAGUGUACCAUCUGGAAUGCUUCAAGUGUGCUGCUUGCCAGAAACAUUUUUGCGUUGGUGACAGAUACCUUCUCAUAAACUCAGAUAUAGUAUGUGAGCAAGACAUCUAUGAGUGGACUAAGAUCAAUGGGAUGAUAUAACUCACUUGUGCCUCAUAGUCUCAAAUACAUUUCAUGAGUGACAUAUAUUUUUGGCUAUGGUGAGGUUAUUGCUCACAUCUAUAUUCUUUCUUUAAGGAAGGGGGAAAUGGAACAGAAUACAUAGGCAUUGUAUCUAAUAAAAUAAGUGAUGAUUGAAUAAAAGGCAACGUUAUUUCUUUUAGCAAAUAUACUGUGAUAAUAAACUGACAUUAUUAGAGGUAUUGAUCAAAACUAGAGCAACAAUAAAAAGCAACAAUGGAUACUUUUAAAAUGAAGUGUGAUUGGUAACUUUGUGGAUUUAUCUUCUCUAACCUGGUACUUUUCAGAUGAAUUGUGUCUACAAAUCCCUAGAAAUCUAGCAAUUGUUGUCCUAAGACAUCUGACACAUGCUGGCUUCAAGGGUAGCCUUAACACUCACAGACAAAAAUGUUCAAUUAAAUUUUGCUUAUUUCAUAUGUAUCUGGAGCAUAAUCCCAGCACUAAUAUUAAAUGUAAGAGCAUCAGGAGAAUUAUUUGUCUGAAGAAAAAGGGGCCUCCAAAUCAGUGUAGCCCCCCGCUCUUUUAAUGAUACUCUUUUUGAAAAUGAAAAUAUAAUUUUUGUUCCAGUGCAAAAGAUGAUACCUCAUCAGAUAUAAUUAAAUCCUUGUGAGUUAAAUCCAUGAGAGUUAAUGGCAUGUAACUGGGGAGGGAGGAUAGACUGCAGCCUUAAAUGGUAAUUAUUUUAAAUAAUGAAGAUGGAUAGCUACCUUCUGUUAAUAUUGUUGGGAAGUGAGGAUUUUCACUACUCCUUUCUAUACAAUUUUUUUUAAGUUCUUCAACUAUUUUAUUAGAAAAUGUAAAUACAUUGUUGUAUGUAGUAAGAUACUGGAGACCUAAUUAAAUAGAUUUGAUCUAAGAGUUGUGACAUUUUUCAUUUAAUAUACUGGCAGCUUUUUUAUUAUCAUUUUAGGGCAAUAAAUAUAUAGUUCUUGUAUGGCUCAUUUAUUUGUACACAGAGUAUCUUCCUUUGAGCUCAGAUUUUGUUUGACAAUUUAACAACACUGUUAAUCUCACUGUAUUAAAUAGAUUCAAAGGAGAAAAUUUAAAUCUUCCUAAUAAUAGAAGAGGUUGACUUCCCCAAUCUUUUGGGGAUGCAACCAUUAUUUAUCCUUUGAUUGCUAUAUACAUUGCAAUAAAUAUUGUAGGUGCCUCUCACAUUAAUUUGUGAUGUGACUAGUCAUGACUAAAGUCAUGAAUUAUUUGACUUCUCUAUGUUCCCUACAUAUGCCACCUAAAAUUGUUUAGAUUAUUAAAAUGAGAUGAUGCUUUAGCUGUGAUUCCGUUAUUAUUCUUGCAUUUUGAGAACAGAAACAUUUGCAAAGUGAUCCCUGACAUGAAGCAAUGCACAUCAGCUUUCACAUCUUUCCAGAGCAGCCUUAUUAUGCAUGUUGAUACGGAAUUAAGUUUUUCAGUAUUCAGUGAGACUAUAUUUUCUACAAAGUAUACUUAGGAUUGUAAUUAUUUUUUCUUUAUUCAUUCUUUAACAGUUACUUUCAGAAUUAUGAAGCGCUAAUGCAGCUUUAAUAACCACCCCUUAAUUCAUCCAUGAAGAGUAGAUAACUUGCUAUUUUUCUUGAAACUGAAACACAUGUGUUUGAACUGGACACAAAGGCUGCGUGCAGUUCAAUUAUUUAGUACAACCCCCUGAAUAAGCAUUAAAGAAAUUCUGGUGUAAUCUUGCCAUUAAUUUUAUGUAAGCAGAAAGGUUCAGUUAUAGCAGAAUUCAUGGUGAUUAAUAAGUCAUGCUAAAAACAUGAAUUUCCAACAAAUUGAUAUAUUUAUUGUGGAGUGGAAGCUCUACCCAUUGUUUAGAGAAACAAUGUCUUGAUGGGAUAUUAUGAGAUGAAGUUUUUAGUGAAACAAACAAAAUUGAACAGGAAAGUGGAAUUGAAAUUGAACAGAUUCAGAUAUCAAUCUAAAAUGUCUUGGGCAUUGUACUUAAAUUUGUAAAAUCUGCUAACUACUAAUGUUUUAUUUGGGGUAGUAGUUACUUACCAAUAUGUCACCAUUUACAUCUGUACUAAAAAGACAGCCAAAUAAUUUUGCCUACAGAUAUAAAGUCCUGAUAUCCCAUACAUUCUUGGAGGAAAGAAAACUGACAGAGAAAGUCACCCAUUCUGCAGAAAUAUCUUAUUUACCAAAUAAGGUAAUUUUUCCCUCCGCCCUCCAAAAAUUACCUUCCAGUCGGAAUCUUACAUCAGCUGAAAAGAAUUUAAAUUACUGAAAAAAGAAUAGUUAUAAUGCAGAAAUUGUUGCAAAAGUGGCUGCUGAAAAAAUUGACCCCUUAAAAUUAUACAUUGGUUCAGAGAAGAUGCUUCCCUUGUGAAUUUUAAUCUUUUUGUAGUUCCAUAAUAGGGUUUCUCUCUCUUUUCUCUUUCCUUGUACAGUUACUACAUACCUACUUUUUAUCUUUGUCCAGUCCAUUCCAUUUCACUUUCUGUCCCUUCUAGGUAUGUCCUCAUAGCUAUUCUUUUUGUUGUUGUUAGUGCUUUUAUUAGACGAAGUAUAUUUGUGUGUGAGAGAGUGUCAGUGUGACAGAGACUGAAAGAAAGGUUUGUGCAUCAAAAGGAAAAAUAAUAUUCGUGAUAUACUGAUGGGAAUUUCAGCUAAUUUUAAUUCUGUUGUUCUAGUUCUUCUUUGUCCUUGGCCUAUCCAAUUUUAAUUGUGGAUUGAUAAAUAGAUGAGGAUGUCACCUGCAGUUUAUGAAUUAUGGUGAGCAAAGAUUGGUUUCAGUCAGAGUUAGUAAGCCUAGGUUGGCAAGAAAGGGAAACUGGCACAUUACAGGGUUUUUUUGUCUGUCUGUCUGUCUGUCUGUCUAUCUGUCUCUGUGUGAAUAUAGUAAGCAAAUUUUCUAGGGAAAAAAUAAGAUUUUCUCACAGAUUUAGUUAUCUUCACAUGUCUUGAGAAAUUAGUGAACUUAUUAAAAUUAACAUGAAUUGCAUUCCUCUAUAUACUUGUUAUGGCAAAGUCAUGAUGAAUCAUGGUUUCCAUUGAUCUGUAUGAAAAUAAUAUUUAUAAAAGAAGCACUAUCACAACAAAGGUAUUUUGGAGAAAUUCAUUUUUUUAAGUUUCAUUAAACAGCUAAUUAAACCAUACUAAAUGAAGUCAGUUAACAGCGAAACGGACAUGGAUACUGGAUUACAUUAUAUUUUGUCUGAAUUCAAUACAAGUUUUAAAAGCCUAUCCAUUUUUUUUAUUGUCCCCAUUAUUCAAUGUCAUGCUUUGAAGAUGAGAGCAUUACCUGCAGUAUUACUUUUUCCUCUGUCUCCUUGGUUGGAGAAAAUGUACCAUAACGAAACAUAAUGGAACUUUUAAAUAGACAGCAUAAAUGUAGAGCAGUUAUUAAUAUAAGGCUGGCUAAAAUAGCUGUCUUUGUGUCUCUGUUCCCUUUCUCAAGGUAACAUUGAGUUCUAAAAAUUAUUGUAGCCUAAGAUCAUAUAAUUUGAAUUCUGCAUACAGCAGCACAAAAUACCAUCUGCCAAAUUCAUAGCAUUACACUGGUUAGAAAAGAAUAUUGUAAACAUUAAUUUAUAUAACUGCAUUCUAGUAAUAUAAAUCACAAAUUAAAAACACUUUGAAUGUUAUGUACGUUAUCUUCCUGUUCCUGAAUAACUUUUUAUUAGAAUACUAGUUAAGUUUCCAUCCUUUACAUAUAUAUGCUAGAAUAUAGAUUGCCUAGGACUGAAGUCUUAAAAAGAAAACAGUUCAUUAAGCCUCUUAAUUGGUUACACUGAAUAAUUAGUCACUUCAAAACUUAUGUAUUUAAAUAGUAAUCUACAAAAGUGCUAGCAUGGUAUAGUAUAACAAUGUUUAGUUGGCAUCUCCAUAUAUAGUAUGUUAGUUUAAUAUUUAACCUUUUUAGUGAAUGCUGGCUGCAGUGUAGGCAAAAUCAAAUAGACAAUUCAUUUUUUUGUUCGCUGUAAGAAAAUGAAAUACUUCAUACCUGCUCUGUAACAAAAAUAAUUUAUGCAAUAAUCAGUGAAAAAUAUUUUAGGCAGAGUUUUAUUAUACUAUGUAUUUUUAUAAUGGAAUGAUUUAAAUUAAGGAUAGGUUUAUAUAAAUUAGGCUAGCAUGUUGUGAGAAGCCAGUUUUUGUCCUAUAAACCAUUAUUUUCUGUAUCUAAAAACCUAUAAAUAAAUUUUGUUUCUUAA